UCAUUGCAGACUACUCCCCCUUCCGAGCUGAUCCAGCUAAGUAUCCGAGACAGAGGGUGGUCACUAAAUAACGAAGUGACCAGGAGUACCCACAAGCACUGCGAACAGACUGACUCCCGUGCAGCCAGAGAGGAAGGCAGCGCACAGUCCUGCAGACCGGUGAACAAACACAACUAGUGCAACACAAGACCUUACGAGACAGCCGCCAUGGAGUUUAAGAUUGUCGUCCUUAGCCUGGUGGUCAUUGGCGCAGUGGUCUGUUUCACGCCAUCUCACGAAAAACCCAUGAGCUUGACUCAGAGAUGUCGGUGCCGAUACUUUGAUUCGGGUGUUUACAAACACCAGAUUAAACAGCUGAAGAUAAUAAACAAUGGCAACUGUCCUAUUCAAGUCCUGGCUACACUGAAGAGUAACAAACAAGUCUGCCUUAACCCUGAGACCAAAUGGCUGAAGACUUACAUUGACAAGGCGCUAGGCAACAAUGCCAAGUAAGAUACAAGUGCACAGCAUAUCUCAUAUGUCACCACCAUUGCAACCCACCUUACCUGCCAUCCUUUCCACCUUGGUUCUAACCUACAUCUUCACCAGAAAAACAAACUGAACUUCUUUCUGUCUCUCAAAGACUUAUUGCAUAUACUUUAUUUUAAUGCCAUUACCUUUCAGCCCCUAUCAGUGUGAGUGCAAAAAUGUGUUAUUAUUAAGACUUUUCUAGCCAUGGAAUGAAUGUAGAGUAUCUCUGAAUGCAGACAUGAAGCAAUUGAAUGCAAACAUUUGAAAGGGGCUUUGAUGGGCUUACCACCACAGUGGGCAUCAUGGCAUGGUUUCUGAAGUAAGUGUAUGCAGAGAGAACAUUCUGGAGACAACAUGCUACAUCCUCAUUAUGAAUGCUUGUCUUUCAUUUUUAAUGUAUAUACCACACCAGCUUGUGCAUGUCAAACUGCUUAAGAAGAUUUGUAAAUGCGACUUUCAAGAGGCAAGAAAGUUUACAAGAAGAAAAUGUAAGUGGUCACAGUAAAUGAACUGAUGAGUGAUGCGUAGGAGAUAACAUGGGAUUUUACAUGUGUGAGCCAUGCAUCUCAGCGCUAUAUUCACAGCUUGGCCACUUUAUAUAAUAAAACUUUGUGCUUCGGUACUCCUCUUUCUGCACUUAAUAUGUGGCUUUGUUUUCUUUCCAUCAGCUUUCUCUGACUGCCUCACUGCUAAGCCUCUAUUUUGCUAAAAAAAAUACUACAUUUUACCCAUUAUGACCUCCAGAGUCUGCCUUCAUAAACUCAUCUGCCUCUGCAAUUCAUGCAAAAUAAGUUUUACAGAAUAAUUUGAAUAUGCAGCCACCUAUAUAUUUCCUGACAUCUUACGUUAGCCUGGUUCAAGCUUCACAAGACUGCAGCUCAAAUGUUAAACAAGGAUUUGCAUUGCUUACCUGCAUCUAAAAGGAGAAGAUCUUGCUGCAUGAAAAUUUCAUCUACUUGGAUGGACACAGAGAAUGAGAGAAAACUAUGUACAUUUCUUUAUAAAACAUCAUCAUACUUGGGGUGACAGCUAACUGCAACAAACUCAUUUUAACUUUAGAAUCAUUCCAGCUUAACAGCCUUGCUGUAGAAUAAAUCCUGAUAAAUGUUAUAAAAUGUGGAUGCAAUAAAAGUAGUAAUUUUCAUGUAUUUCUGCCACAGGGAACAGAUUAUACCUUAAAAUCAGCACCUAUCACCUCAUCCUGAUGCAAAAUAUCAAUAUUGUAUGUGUCUUAAGAAAACCAAACAAUUGAUGACAGGGCACAUACUUUAUAAAACGUCACUCUGUAGACUAGCUAUGUGAUUUCUAAUUUUUUUCCCUUGAACAUAUCAGGGCAUUCAUGUAACUCUCUUUUGCAUGUUCUGGAUUCAGGUAGAAAGGAUUUAAAGUCUGUAAUAAAUACACUUUUAUAGAAAUAUGUCAUAUUUUUUACACAUAUACAAACUUAAAAGUGAGAUGUGAACAUACAUAUUUAUGUAGAUAUGUGAGUCUCUGUUGCCUCUGAAUAUUAUCAGAUUUGAUUCUGAGAUGCAUCUUUAAAUGAAAACAAUGCAUGCCAGAAGUCAUUAGCAUCAGCUUUACUAGAAUUCAUCUUAGUAACGGCAAAGGAAACCAUAAAACUGUAGCCUCAAAACACCCAUUCGCAUCACAAUGCAACUGUUCCUCAAAAUAGAUUCAUACGUCAUGCGCUUUUCUUAACAAAAUGGCCACAUUUCCGUCUUAAAUCCAUUUAUUUUAACAUGGAUUAUAAAAACAGAAGUGAUGAUAUGUAAGGGCAAAAUAACCACAUCUUCUCUUUGUUACAGGCCACCUCGGAAGUGAAAGGCAGUUUCUACAGCCUAAUCAAAUCCUAUUGUUUUUCUCUGUGUACAGCCCGGAAAACACCCUGCAGCCUAGAUAUGACAGUGGUAACAAUGACACUGUCAUGUUCCCAGCUGUCUUGACUUCGCUUGACAUGUCAUAGUGAAAGAAGUGUAGUUACUGAGUUAAUUAGUUAAUUUAUACAUGGUCAUAGUUGCCUUCCAAUGCAGCACCUUAGUUGCCUCUCCAAAUCUAUUGCAGUGUAUUCUGGUUUUACUGCAAUAUGUCUUGAUGUGUGAGAUCUUCAAAUGCUCUUUUAACUCUGGACAUACACAUUUUUACAGUAUACAUUUCUAAUUCUUUCAGGAAUAUUAUUUUUUUCAAAACUCUGAAUUAAUAAUGUUUUAUAAGGGCAGAUUGUUGAAAAUAUUGUAAUAAAAGACUGUAUUAGCUGAAUGCCAUCUAAUUUCAGUAUUAGAGUAAGUUGUAAAGUAUUAAUAUCUCUAUAUAGCCAGAAACAAGACUUAUUUCAUUAUGCUGUGUCCUGGUUUCUUGCAAUCACUUUUUCAAAGAUUUGUAAUACAGAACUAACCCACACAUUGCCAGAUGUUUGCCUUUCUUUCCAAUGUUGCUUUUCUACGUACCAGUUGGUAUAAUAUAUUUUAUAUGUUAUGAGUACAUCAUAAUGAAUUAAAGAAUAGGCCUCUAAGUUGGAAAUUUUUUCCUAAGGCUUAUCCUCUUUUAAAUGCAGCACAUCCCACAAUGUGCUAAUGUUAUUUGUUUUUUUAUCCAUAAUUCACCACUCUUACCUGUGCCUUUGCAAAACAUUGAAAAGCCACAUUCUGUGUACAUCUGAUAUAAUGUAAAUAUCAUUUUCUGCACUUUUUAUGAAUGUUCACAAAUUUGUGUAUUAUUGUUUAUUCCCCCAAAUUUCCUUUCUAUGAAAGGACUUCCCACAAGUUCUUUAGUAGUAAGCAUAUAUCAAGCAAUCAAUUACUGAUGAACUGUACAGAUAAGGUACAGGGUUCCUCAGUGAUUGAAGUAAAUAUGUCCAACAGUGUAGGUUCCCUUUGAAUACAUUUCUUCAGAUGACUUUUUACAUGUUUUCUCUCUUUUUUGUGUUUUGUAAAUAGUGCAUUGUCAAACUAUGAAAUCAAUUUUUUUGUAUUCUGUACAGUGUUUGAAAUUCUGCAAAACUUUUAGUACUUUUCCACUGUACUGAAAGAUUAAAGUUUUGUUUUUUUAUUUUA